GAUAUCAAAGCAAAAUCAAAUCUCCCCGUCCCCUUCGCUUUCCUUCAAAAAACGCACCCUAUUCUUCCCUAUUUGCAUCGCAUUUGUUAUUGAAUCUCUUUGAAUUCUCAGAGUUUCUUAGAGAGAGAGAGAGAGAGAGAGAGAGAGAGAGAGAGAGAGAGAGAGAGAGAGAGAAUGUUCCAUACAAAGAAACCCUCAACCAUGAAUUCCCAUGAUAGGCCAAUGUGUGUUCAAGGGGACUCUGGUCUUGUCCUAACCACUGACCCUAAGCCUCGUCUGCGUUGGACAGUUGAACUUCAUGAACGCUUUGUCGAUGCUGUUGCUCAACUUGGAGGACCUGAUAAAGCCACACCAAAGACAAUCAUGAGAGUUAUGGGUGUGAAGGGUCUUACCCUUUACCACCUCAAAAGCCAUCUUCAGAAAUUCAGACUUGGAAAGCAACCUCACAAGGAAUUCAAUGAUCACUCAAUCAAGGAUGCUCCAGCAUUAGAUCUUCAACGAAGUGGUGGAUCGUCUUCUGUCAUGAUGAGCAGAAGUAUGAACGAUAACUCACACAUGGUUGAUGCGAUUAGGAUGCAAAUGGAGGUGCAAAGAAGAUUGCACGAACAAUUAGAUGUACAAAGACAUCUUCAAUUAAGGAUUGAAUCUCAUGGGAAAUACAUGCAAAAUAUGCUAGAGAAAGCUUACCAAACACUUGCAAAUGAAAACAUGGCCUCAGGAAGCAACAAAGGCAUUGGAAAUCAAGGAGUUCCUGAUAUGGGGGGUGGGAUGAAAGAUUUUGGUCCUCUAAAUUUCUCACCAUUUCAAGACCUUAACAUUUAUGGAGGUGACCAACUUGAUAUGCAACACAACAUGGAAAGGCCACCAUCAAUUGAUGCGUUCAUGCCAAAUAAUGACAAUAUUUGCUUGGGAAAGAAGAGGUCUAGCCCUUACAAUGGUAGCGGCAAGAGCCUUUUAAUCUGGCCUGAUGACCUUCGUUUGCAAGAACUGGGAUCAGCGCCAACCUGUCUUGGACCUCAAGAUGAUCAUCUUUUCAAAGGUGAUCAUCAGAUUCAGAUUGCUCAUACAUCAAUGGAUAGAGGAACUGAUUUGGAUUCUAUAUCUGAUAUUUAUCAAACAAAGCCGCCAGUGAUUCAGGGUGAUUCAGUGAGUGAUAAGAAUGCAAAACUCGAAAGGCCAUCACCGAGACGAUCCGCUUCCCGCAGAUAGGAUAAGCCCUAUGACCAAUACUUUUGGUGCUAUACCACAGGACAGAAACUCAACUUUUAGGUGUUGAAGCUAAUUUACUUUCACUUAGAUGUAAAUCAUGACUUAAUAAUGUUAAUUAAGCUCUUAAAGACACAUGAUAUAUGGUGAGACUCACCUAUUUAAUAAAUAAGUUCCACAUAUUUGUGUUUUAGGUUCA